CCAGAAGUCCGUGCACGAGGCCCGCUUCGAGGCGGCCGUCGAGGUGAUCCAGAGCCUGCCCAAGAACGGUUCAUUCCAGCCAACACAUGAAAUGAUGCUCAAGUUCUAUAGCUUCUAUAAACAGGCAACCGAAGGACCCUGUAAACUCUCAAGGCCAGGAUUCUGGGAUCCUAUUGGAAGAUAUAAAUGGGAUGCUUGGAGCUCACUGGGUGAUAUGACUAAAGAAGAAGCCAUGAUUGCGUAUGUGGAAGAAAUGAAAAAGAUUAUUGAAACUAUGCCGAUGACUGAAAAAGUUGAAGAAUUGCUACAUGUCAUAGGUCCGUUUUAUGAAAUUAUAGAAGAUAAAAAGAGUGGCAGGAGUUCUGAUUUAACCUCAGUCCGACUGGAGAAAAUCUCUAAAUAUUUAGAAGAUCUUGGUAAUGUUCUUACUUCUACUCCAAAUGCCAAAACUGUUAAUGGGAAAGCUGAAAGCAGUGAUAGUGGAGCUGAGUCAGAGGAAGAAGAGGUUCAGGAGGAAGCAAAGGCAGCAGAACAAAGUGGUAAUGAUAAGACGAAAAAAUCAGGAGAGCACAAGGACUUGGAAAUCAUUGUCACUAAUGGUUACGAUGAAGGUAGCUUUCUUCAGGAUACACAGGAUGACAUUCAGGCCACUUCUCUCCUGAAUGGAGGAAGUCCUGAAGAAGUGAAACCUGUAGAGCAAAACUUGGAACAAACUGGAAAAACUGCUGUCUGCAUUCACCCAGAUAUAAAUGAUGACCAUGUUGAAGAUGUUUCAGGGAUUCAGCAUUUGACAAGUGACUCAGACAGUGAAGUAUACUGUGAUUCUAUGGAGCAAUUUGGACAAGAAGAGUCUCUAGACAAUUUUACGUCAAACACUGGCUCAUUUCAAUAUUACGUGGGCAGUGGCUUGGAAAAUUCUGGUUUUCCUGAAGAUGUUCAAGGACCACCUGGAACUGGCAGCACAGGGACUGUGCAGGUGGUAGUGGUCGGAGGAAAAGGUGAAGUACAGCGUGGAGGCGAAGACGGCAGAAGUAACAGUGGAGCACCACGCCAUGAGAGGCGCGGCGGGGAGAGUGAGGAGCUCUCUAAUAUCAGAAGAGGGAGGGGGCACCGGGUGCCGCAUCCGAGUGAGGGGACCAGGGGCGGACAGGUGGGAAGUGGAGGCGAUGGUGAGCGCUGGGGCUCGGACAGGGGCUCGCGAAGCAGCCUCAAUGAGCAGAUCGCGCUCGUGCUCAUGCGCUUGCAGGAGGACAUGCAGAGCGUGCUGCAGAGGCUGCACCACCUGGAGACGCUGGCUGCCUCGCAGGCAGAAUUAUCAACAUUGCAGUCUAGUAAUCAGUCCUCGCAGAGACCGUCUUGGUGGCCCUUUGAGAUGUCUCCUGGUGCAUUAACUUUUGCUAUUGUAUGGCCUUUUAUUGCCCAGUGGUUGGUGCAUUUAUAUUAUCAAAGAAGGAGAAGAAAACUGAACUGAAGCAAGUGAUGUUUUAUUUGAGAAGACUGCUGGGCCUGGAUGACCUCAGAGUGAGAUGGAUUGUGGCGUUCACGAGAAAAUCUUAAUUACAUUUCUUUUCUGUUGUCAGUAGUUUGGUUUGUGUACAUAUAUACAAACAUUUUCUGCACUACACAAAUGAUAACAUUUUAAGGACUAAUAUUGCUGAUACUUGAAUAAUCAACCUCCACUAGAUUUUGAGUAGGAUAUGUAGAUUUUCCUUACCCUUGAACUUGAAGGACAUUAAUUAUCGUUUGGUAACAUGUUUACCUGAUUAUCUCACGUAGAGAAUUGUAAACUGCUCUUCGAAGGUACAGUUGUGAUAAUGAGACCAGAUUUGGCCGUGGAUGUUUUAGCGUAAGUUAAGUAUGUGAAAGAAUGUAAACCAAGAGUGAACUUCAGAUGAGGUUGUGUCGCUUGGUGCCAGUCACUGAAUGGCAGCUCAAGCAGUAGGAAGCUGUGGAAGUCUUCGCUGCAUUCAGGGUGGCUGCGUAUGAUCUUUCUCAGGCAUCCACGUCAGUCAGGCUCGUUAUUAACAGUGACAGCCCAGCCGGGGAUGUAGCUCAGUGGUUCCGCCGCCUGCCUUGCAAGCUCAAGGACCCGAGGAGUUCGAUCCCCAGUACCCGCUACCCCAAAUUACAACCAUCUGCACGGAUUCACAGAAUAGACAACCUGCUGACGGCAGCGAUGAAAUAUAGGCUUGACGUAGGUUUCACAGUGUAUUCUGAGGCUGUAGGUGACUAGUAAAAUUUUAAUUCAGUCCUACAGAUAUUCCUUCGUAAUCAUUUUGCUUUAACUGAGGAUAUGUAGUGUCUGCUUCAUAGGGUGCUUUGAAAUAUAAAUGAUAACUUAUUUAUACUGUUUUUACAAGGGUUAAAAAAAGGAAACAUGAAAAUCACUUUUCUGCAACUGGUGAAGUACAGACUGGACUCUUAACCUCUCAGUGCCUCACUUUCCUCUGGGGUGUAACACGUGGCCGUACCACUUACAGGGCUAUUAGAAGGACUUGUCAGCUAACGGGCCACGAGCUUCCAUAUGAAUAACGCAUGUCCAGCUGAUGGCA